AUGAAUGGCAUGGACGACAACGAAGACGAGACGGAUCUUUACGAUGACGACUUCGAAAGCCUGUCGGAGUCUGCGCUGCAAGAAUUAGAACAGCAAGCGAUCCGUUCCACGCAAGCUCAGCAAAAGGCUCAAAACACCACAACAAAGCAGGCUCAUGUCCCGUCAAAACUCGCCUCGCUUCCACAAGGUCGCUUGCAGGCCCAAGCACGAUUUAACCCACGGCCUCCUCAUCUCAACUCUUCGCUGCGCAGAGACUCCACCGGAUUCCAAUAUGAAGACGAUUCCUUUGAACUGGUAGGGGAAGAAGGGGUGCCCACGCCUGCUGAAGAAUACGAUGUGUAUCAUGUGAAUCAAGUGAGGCCGAGCGAGGCAUCCCAGAGAGAACAAUGGCGUCAACAGAGGUAUGGCCACGCCUACACCGGCGAUACGCAUCGUCCUGUGAGCAGGGCUUUGCAGGGCAACGAUGGACAAAGCCCGUACACUGAUACUGCGGUCCGGCUCGAUCGGAACCAUGCAUCGCCGGACAGGAUGCUCUUGGACAAUUCGCAGCAUAACCAAGUAUCCUUGAUACCUGAAGAUGCAGGAGAUGGAUUCCGUUCUCGCAUUGACGACCUGAUCAGGGAAAGGGAUGUCCUUGUAAAAGACCUUCAACGUACACAGGACACCGUCACUAUGCAAAAGGGAGAAAUAUCAAUUAUCCGUGCCAAUUUCGACAAGGAGAAGAAGAUCCUUGACCGUCAAAUUGAUGCCCUCAAGAAGGCAAUGGAGGAUGAGUCUGCCAAACACAAUGCAGCCAUAAGCGCAAUGAUGGAGAAGAACAACAACUUAACAACGCGCUACCAGUUUCUACAGCAAGAGCACAACCAAGAAGUGCAGGAAGCGAGAUCUCUGAAGCAACGGAUGAAGGAGAAGCCUCCCGCCGAGAAAGACGCUGGUGGUGCGGCGACCCCAAGACGUGGCAUGGCAAGCUCUCUUAGAGACGGAUUUGAUGACGACGAUGUGAUGAUGCUAUCUCCUUCCAAAUCAGCUCGACGUUCGAAGCCUACAACUCCAACAGCAGCGAACAAGAGAAAGCGGAAAGCAGACGUGCCGAGCCCUGUCAAGCCUUUGGUACUCAGACCAACUGCUGCUGACCCUCCGCAUAUGCCACCACCGGUAGCACCAGAGCCGGCAUUAUCUGAAGAACGUCUCAUCCCGAUCAUCCGAAAGGACAAGCAAACAUCUCGACAUUUACAAUUCCUUCAAUCUAUUCUCGAUUAUCGAGUAAAGGGAACGAAGGAACCGCUUUUUGAAGUCAUGGUCAACUUUUCUUUGCCUUCGAGUACUAAGACUUUCGCUACCAUUCUCCUAGAGGGUACAGCUCACCUCGAGGGUGCUCGUAUUCCCAGCGACAUGUUGCAACUCUUCAUUGACCUGUGGUCAAAGUCGAUCAAGGCUGAAUAUUACAAACCCAUCCCACUGCUCAUUGAGGUUGUCAGCCAUAUCAUCGACGUUGAUCUAGAAGCAAUAGACUCCGGAAUAGUCAACUCCCUGGUGCCUCUCCUACAAUCGACCGUGACUAUUAACGCCGAGAAACGUGUCAAGCACUCUCCCGUGAACCACUCGACGUUUGGGAAGUUUCGACAGACCCCUCAGUCCGUGCUGAAUCACGACGUAGAUGGAACAGCUUGCCUAGAAGUCAUGUUAACCAUGGCAUACAUAAUCUCGGAUGAGACAGACUUGCUUUCUCUCUUCUGGCGUUUAAUUCAGCCAGAAUUUGUUCUGAUGAUGCUUAAUGCCUGGCAACCAGUUUCAGACAUCACUCUUAUGCUUCGAUUAUUGGAGACGAGCAUCUUCUCCGACACAUUUGGCAGUAUUUGCGUCGAUGAUCAACAGAAACAGAUUGAACAGCACAUCAUGAAUCGGAUCUGCUAUCUACUGUGGGAAACGCCGAAAGUUGACGAAGGCCUGCCAGCAAAUACUACCGCCUCAAUCUGUCAGUUGCGCCUCCGCAUUAUGGAUCUCCUCCUUCAGGUGACCACCAUACCUUCGACAUAUUCACAGGAUGACCAGACACAUCACGGAAGUUUACUUGUUGCAGACCAUCCCAGCGCCAUCGCAAGGAUAGUACGGAGCUUAUAUGAUGAAGUGUCAGCGAUGUAUGACCUCACGCCUUCGCAUGCUCUCCAUGCUGCGAUUGUCAAUAAGGGUGUCCAGCUUCUGUUCCACGUCCUAGAAGUACACGGCUCUCAGAUCAACCUGCAGGAGAAGCUGUCCGUUAUCAACGGCGGCGUGCACAAGCACCGCGUGGUCCUCACGAGAUUGGCAUUUUCGGAAGGCUUUUACGUUGACAGGCUGAUCACCGAUGAUACCGUGGCGAUGGCUACGAGCAUGCUAGAAGAAAGCGUCACGCCAGAUGAAGCCGAUGAUCUCAUCGAGGCUUUUCCCGGUUUUCGUGGUAGAGGACGCGUUGAGGAAGGGGAGUGA